AACGCCGCCGAUCCGGAUGACAAACUCGUCGUCGUCACGCCCUCGUCUGGCAGCCUGCCUCGUCUGCCGACGCAGCAAGAUCAAAUCAAACGUGUCGGCCUAGACAAGGCAUUAUACCAGGUCGAGCAAGCCGUCAGGAGGACGCUGAACGGUUAUGAAGCACCGGGAACCAACGCCGACGGUCACGUCGUUCUCGCCCGUCUGAAGGCCCUUCUAGGUGAGACCGCAGCGAACAAUGGCCAGACAGACGUGCAAUAUCCGCAGCAGCAGCAGCAGCAGCAGCAGCAGGAUGAAGCCAUGAUGGAUGGAGACGGGACCGGGGAGGACGAAGAUGAUGAUGAGGAGGACAAGGACACGACUACGAGCAGCGACGGCUAUGCCGCCGCCUCUUCUAAUCACGACCACCAUCACGGUCACAUGGCCGCUGCCACCUCCUACUCGGCACAUGCGGGGAAAUCGGCAUCGUCACCGGAAACGCGUCGCCUACGACGCUUCUUUGCGUCGGGCAUGCGCGCAAAUCUAGAUGUAGGUCCGGACCUGGAUCCGAUCGACCUGGGGUUGACUAGCAUGGACGAAGCAGUCGCUCUCUUUCACGAGAAUCUCGCCCACACAAGAUGGGGAAUGGACCCCCGAAUCUACACACUGGACUACACCCGAUCCCGCUCGGCCUUCCUGACCACCUCCAUCAUGGCGGCCUCGGCGCUUUUCUGGACCGAGGGCGGCGCCCUGUCCAGGCGUCUGUCCGACCACGCAGAGAGGCUGGUCAACCUGGUCAUGCAGAAGCGGUACAAGUCGGUCGAGAUCGUCCUCGCCUUCCUGGCAAACGUCCCGUGGAUGUCCCCCGGCCCGCACAGCACCGACGACGGGACGUCCGUCUACAUCUCCAUGGCCAUGACCAUCGCCAUCGACCUGUACCUGCACAAGGUCAUCAUGCCGACCGACCUCACGGGCCAGGGCGCCGCCGUCACCGUGAGCCGCGGGGACUGCCUCGACCCCAGGACCGCGCUCGAGAUGGACGGCUUCCCCGACCUCGAUCCGCUGUCUGAUCGGGGGGUCCUGCUUCUCAGGGGAAGGGAGCGAUGCUGGAUAUCUCUCUUUGUACUGGAGAGAGGGAUGUGUCUUGCCCGUGGACGUCCGUUUGCCGUCCCUGUCACGCGGUCCCUCAAGGUCUGUGAUGACUGGCACAAGUCUCCUCUGGCAGAGUCUCAGGACGGGCCUCUUCUGUCCAUGGCCAUCAUGAGGAGAGAUCUGGACGGCCUCUUCACCACCGUGCGCAACAUGUGCGACGCAUCCCAGGCCCCGACGACGAGCGAGGGCUCCCUGGCAGCGCAGUCGAUCGAGUCUUCGAUCGAGUGCUUCUUCGACCAGUGGUACUCGAACUGGGGGGAGGCCAUCGGGGCUGGCCCGGAGCGCCGCCUCCCGCCCUACGUGGAGAUACUGGUGACGCACACGCGGCUGUCCCUGUACGGCAGCGUCAUCAACCACCCGACGGCGUCGAUCGAGGUGCGGCGCUUCUUCCGCACGGCCGGCCUCUCCUCGGCCCUCAACGUGAUGCGCGUGGCCAUCCAGGGCGAGACCCAGCUGCGUUCUAUGCCCAACAACACGGCCAUCAUGAUCUCCUUCGCCGCCUGCUUCGCCCUCACCCUGAGCGCCUACGCCACCGGGGGCUCCUCCUUGGCCCCGAGCGUGAGGAAGCUCAUCGACGAGGUGGCCGGCGUGCUCGUCCGCACGGGGGGGGUCACCCCCCACCGCAAUGGGCUGUCUACCCUCUACGGCCGCCACCUCCGUCACAUCGUAAGGAGAGCCGCCAAGACGGCUGGGCCGGCACCGGCAGACGGUCCACUGAUGCCGCGCAUGCCUGUCACGACUACGACGUCGCCGUCCACUACGGCGGCCAAUUCCACCACACCACUCAGCCUGCACGACUUUCAACGGCAAUUCUUGUGGCCUGAGACGCUCCAGUUCUCGGCAAUGUCUAACGAUCAGAUCAUGCACGUUCUCAGUCAGCCGGACAAUGACUUUGAGCCUACUUUUGAUGGUCUGUCAUGGGACGAUAUGAGCAAUUUUGACUGGCUGCACUGGCCCGAGUUUGGCAGUUAG